UGCAUUGCUAGCGGUGUAUGUGGACCACCAAAUGCUUGUCCACCACCUGCAGCACCAGUAUGUCAACCGGCUUGUACCCCCGGAUACCAAUGCGGUAACUAUGGUUGUGCCAGAAGACGUGCUCGUCUUCACGGCAGUAAUACAUUUACCAAUCGACGAAAUCAUUUUGAACCAAAGUCACCAAAUCAGUUGUUUAUGGAAUGUUGUGAAGAACGAGGUUUACCAGAUGCAUGCCUUGCAAAAUGCUCAUUUAAUACCUAUACCAAAGAAGCAUUGACCAAUAUGUACUUUAAAAAUGAUGCCUGUCCUAUCCAAGCAUCAGCUGAUAUACAGUUCUGUGCUGCCCAAGGUCGAGACCAUCGAGCUUGCUGUGUUCGUAAUGGUGUUGCAACAACGCUUGCCGGUGAAAAAUGUUUAGUAUUCUGUGACCAACGACCCGGUAAUGUCACUCGACUGGAUAUGUCCUAUUUAAGUUGUUAUGAUCGUUUUGAAAAUAUGAAAGGCUGCUUUUGGCAUGAUAUGGUUUCCAGGCUUCAAAUGAAGCGGUAUUAUUGA